AAUUAUUGAAUUCAAAUAUGUGUAUGCAUUUUGUGUUCAAACUAUGUUUCAAAAUCAUUGAAAGCAUUUUUAAACAUGUUUUUUUUUCGUUUAAUUGUUAAAGCAAAGUAUGGUGGACACGUCAACAACCUGAAAAAACAUGAUUCCGAAGUUGUUCCAGUGGUUGAUGGCGGGUGGGGCAUUCCUGGCACUCUGGAUAAGUCUCCUUCUGGGAUACAUAGACUCAGACAUCAACGACUCAACCAAGGAUGUCAUACUUUUUCUUCCAGUAUUUGUGAUAGUAGCAUUUGCACUUUACUCUGUGGCUGUGAUAGGCUACCGAGUGGCCACAUUCAAUGAUUGUGUGCAAUCUGCAGAAGAACUGCAGAACGAUAUAACUGAGGCGAAAAAAGAUUUGAUGGCGAAAGGUUUUAAUUUUGACUGAAAUAUUUCAACAGAAUUUUGAUGUGACUUAUAUUAACACUAUGUCUACUGAUGUUAAACAUCUUAAAUUGUUCCGAGUGAGCUUAUGAGAGCAGCACAAGAAGAGAUCUGAAGUUUGUGCCAAUAAUCUUGUUUUGUGUUUUGUGUCAGUUGGAAGCCAUGCUUAUAUAAAGCACAGCAGAGAUUCUCUUGUACAUUGCUAGUGGAUGUUUGGAUUUCCUUGGAUAAUUGUUCAUGAUUACUACAGUGCUUCUGUGCAGGUCACAAAAAUCAGGUUGUAGUUUAAAUUGAAUCUUAAGGUAUUAAGGUUAAUGAAAGGCUGGUCAUUCCCAGUCAAGAAAGAUAAUUUGAUGUUGCAUGUUUCAAUAGUGAUAUGUGUUAACAAUUCUUUCCUGUGUUGUCGCAUCACAAAACUAUGAUGUAAAUUUUUCAUUCUAAUUUGUAAAUCCAUAACAUUUAUCAGCUUUUGCAAACAGAUUUUAUUGAUGAUUGAUGAUAUUUAUAAACUGUUCAUAAUAAAUGUGCUCAUUUA